AUGUUUGGAAUAACUUCAAUAAACCUGCCUCGCUCGCAGUCCCUCGAAAUCACAUUUACUCACAAAAAACAAAAAAAGAAUAAUAAUUCGACGGCUCAGAGUUACGGUGCCCCACUUCAACUCGACCGUUAUCUGACCAACGAAGGUCAUCGGAUAGUGGCAUCCUACCUACGACAGAAACAAACUCAAGGAUACGUUCAAAAAGGUUAUUUUCACAAGAUUAACGAAAAGGACUUGGACGAUCUUAUAAAAUCCUGUGAGGGCGUGGCCACCCGAACAUUUGAGACUUUAAAUUAUGAAGACCUUCAUUUGUCACACCGCGAAUGUAAGUUACUGGCCAGGUUCCUUAAAUCCGAAAACGUCGUCGUCCGAACGUUAAUGCUCCGAAAAAAUCAUCUGGCCGGCACACCGCUAAAGGUCUUGUUAAAGGCUCUACGGAAAAAUUCCACCGUCCGAAUAUUAGAUUUAUCGUCCAAUCUGUUGACCGAUGUGGAGGCCAAGUGGGUGGCAAAACUGUUGAAAAAGAAUAGUACCAUCAAAGAGCUUUACCUGGCUUCCAAUCGUAUCGGGAGUGAUGGUGCAAAGCACCUCGCCAAAGCAUUGGAGGAGAACACGACCGUCGAACGUCUGAGUCUUGAGUCGAAUAGGUUGAGUGAGAAAGGCGGUGGUUACAUAGCCGACAUGCUAAAGAUCAACAACACCAUCAAGUACAUCCACCUGGGCAGCAACAAUCUUCAGCUGGCUGGCAUCAAGGAGAUUUCGGAAGCACUCAAAGUUAACUCCUCCCUGGUCAGCCUGAGUCUUGACGUCAACAACAUAGCACCAGAGGGCACAAAUUUUGUAUCAGAAGCAUUAAAAGUCAACAAGACCCUCACACAUCUUUACUUACCGCGGAACAACAUCGGCGAUCAAGGUUUAAAAAAUCUCAGCAAGGCAUUGCUGUCGAAUACCACGAUAGCCUAUUUGGAUUUGGAAUUCAACAAUAUCGGCAUAAACGGUGACACCGAGGGAAUGGAGGUAAUGGGUAAACUGUUGGAAAAUCACAUCGUCCCACGCGCCCUCAACCUCACCAACAACCACCUCGGUGACGAAGGAUGCUCGGCCCUAUUCUCGGGAUUCCACAAGAAUAAAACCUUGGAGUCACUUAUCCUCUCACACUGUAACAUCGGACUGGACGGUACCCGAGCCAUAGGCAAGGCAUUGAGAGAUAACGUGGGAUUACAAAACCUUUCGUUGCACAUGAACAGCGAUGUCGGGGCCGAUGGACACCUGGAGCUGGCACAAGCACUCGAGAAGAAUACCAGCAUCAAGGGCAUACAACUGGAUUACAAUUUUGCCGAAUGGGAAUCGGUCGGCAACUCGAUCCAUCAAUCGUUGACCAGGAAUCAUUUCCUUCAGCGAGAGAAAUACAGUGUCGCCUGUAGAAUUGAGGUGGCCGCUAGGAUCAUGUUGAACAGCAAUGUAAAACAACAGUUACCAACCUACUCCAGAAACUCAAAAACAAUCAAGAAGUCCGGCAGACCUGGAAAACCGCCGACGUCCACAUCACCUCAAAAGUUGACGUUCACAAAACUUCCGUUUGAGAUACAGGAGCAAAUAUUGUUCUCCAUUGAUGAGAAUCACGUGCUAACACAUCUUCAACUCAUUGAGAUCAUAAAGUGGUCGAUGAAACGGUCGACGUUAGGGAAAAGCAUGAAGGAAUUCUUGACGAAAACAUUCUCCGCCUACUAUCCACUCACCAGCGACGUCAAGCUUUGGCCCACCGAGGCUACCGACUUUGGCGGUACGUCCACGGAGAGAUUCUGA